AUGGACACAACUACUACUUACAUAGAAUCCAUGCCCUCCGUUGCAACGCUCAAUGCUGUAUCGGAUGCGAUAGAUAACGUGCACGUCCUCGAGGGCGAAAUCGCGCAGGACCAACCUCAAGACACAAAUGAUACCACUGGCCCGGCCUUUCACUCCGAGAAAGACAAAACGGCGUUCCGGCAGUACGAAUCAGCGUGCGAUCGUGUCAAGAAUUUUUAUCGUGAACAACACACCAAACAGACAGUGGCAUAUAACCUUUUGUCCCGCAAUCGGUUCCACUCUUCCUCGCGUGUCCGCGCGGAGCUUACGGUGUGGGAGGCCAUUGAAAAAUUAAACAUCUUGGUUGACGACAGCGACCCUGACACGGAGCUCUCCCAGAUUCACCAUCUACUACAGAGCGCCGAGGCCAUUCGUCAUGAUGGUAAGCCUCGAUGGAUGCAACUCACGGGACUCAUCCAUGACCUUGGAAAGCUCAUGCUCUUCUUCGACGGGGCAGAAGGCCAGUGGGACGUUGUAGGAGAUACGUUCCCCGUCGGAUGCGCCUUUGAUCCUAAAUGCAUCUAUCCAGAGACGUUUUCCGCUAAUCCUGAUGCCCAAGACCCAGUAUUCAGUACAAUGGACGGAAUCUACACGCCAGGUUGCGGGAUUGAAAACUUACUGAUUUCGUGGGGACAUGACGAAUACCUCUAUCUUGUUUUAAAGGACCAGUGCACUUUGCCUAAGGAGGCCCUCGCGAUGAUCCGAUAUCAUUCGUUUUACCCGUGGCAUAAAGAAGGUGCCUACCGUGCCUUCAUGGCAGAAGGCGAUGGCAAGUUGCUGCAGGCUGUGCAGGCAUUUAAUCCUUACGACCUAUACAGCAAAAGCAACGGUAUCCCGGACAUAGAUGAACUUAAGCCUUAUUACCUUGAACUCAUCGAUGAAUUUUUCCCCAACAAGAAAAUCAAAUGGUGA